AUGCAUCGUGCGCGGUGCCAGGCCGUCGGCCAAGUGCGCCUCGCAAAUAUACCUGGCUUUCCUACCCUAGUGCUCUCUCGAGGACGCGUCGCGCUCUUCGCGACUUCUCACACGUGCAAUGCGAAAGCGGCUAAGAAAGCUGCCGAGCAGGAAUCCGAAGCUUCAGCCGACGAGACAAGAGGUCUCUCCUCCUGGACUACCCUCCAAGAAAAGCUGCGACAAUCUCUGGCGUCAUCGAAGCAUAAAUCCGCAUCAUCACCUGAGGAGUCCCCUGAAUCAAAGGUCGAACGAAGUCCCAAGACACAAUCGAAAAAGCCUACGCCCAAGUCCGUCAAAUCUACCAAGCCGACUAAGAGAAAGAGGAGGAAAGAGAAAGAACCAGUCGACUUCGAGGUCAUAACACCCAAAGCGCUGGAGCUGGAGCCCAUCGAUCAUGAAACACCCGACAUCCCGAAGCUGAGCUACGGCCUCGACCGCGCACUUUUCAACGGUGGCGUAUAUCGAAUGCAAGAUGCCCGAACAAAUGUAUACAAUUUUGAUCCGUAUCUCGCCUCUAUCAUGCCCGUCGACGAGUUUGAUUAUGAUGCUCUGAAAGAAUAUGUCACAUCUUCCAAGGAUACCAAGCUACGCGAUCUGGCCAAGGAGCAUGGCAAAAAAUACAGCGGCUCAACUUCGAGCAUGACGGCCGUUCUCUCUCACCUACACUUUCUUAUCUCGGGUUGGAGACCUCCCAACUUUGACCAAUUGUCGAGAGGAUGGACCCCAGAGUCGAAUAACUUCACCAUUUUGACCCGAGGUCCUGUUGCCACCUUCAUCAAGUACAACGACGGGGUUUACUCCAUUGAUUCAGACAAAGAAUACGACAGCGAAAAUGUCCUAAGUAUGCUGGGAAAAUCAAUGGAGAAGCUACUGACGCUUCCCAAGGAAGAGUUUGAAAAGUACAAAAAGACAAAGUCCCACCAAUUGACUGAAGAAGAAAAGAAGGCCGACGAGGCAUACCACUACACUACGUUUGGCGACUUUAUGAUGCGAUCGCAACUAGACGCUCACGACCCGAGACUGCCUGGAACUGGUGUUUUUGACCUGAAAACAAGAGCCGUGGUGACCAUCCGCAUGGAUGUUCAAGGGCACGAAAAGGGCGUUGGCUAUGAGAUUCGCAAGCAAUUCGGCCAGUGGGAAUCUUUCGAAAGAGAGUACUACGAUCUUAUUCGGUCCGCGUUCCUGAAAUACUCCCUACAGGUGCGCAUGGGGCGCAUGGAUGGUAUCUUUGUUGCGUAUCACAACACGCAGAGGAUCUUUGGGUUCCAAUACAUCCCUCUGUCUGAAAUGGAUCAUGCUCUUCAUGGGCAGACGGACACAACUCUGGGAGACCAAGAGUUUAAAGCUAGUCUGUCGAUUUUGAAUGAUCUCAUGGACAGGGCUACCAAGAAGUUCCCUAAUAGGUCAUUGAGGCUCCACGUCGAAACUCGACCAACAAAUGACCCCGUCACGUACUUUUUCGUGGAGCCCGUCACCGAUGAGGAGAUGCAAGCGAUUCAGGAAUCGAAAAAGGCAUCCGUGGACAAGCUGAAGGAGGAAAUUGACGAUCUGAGCAGCCAGGAAAAAGCCGCUGAAUCUGCCGCUGCUGAGGCUGCCGCUGAUGAUCAGAGCGGAAACACAGAAGAGGUGGAAUCUACCGAGGAAGAAGAUAUGGAUCAAGAGAUUCAGAACGAACUAGCAUGGCAAGAAGUCAUGGAUCGAGUCAGCGAGGCAGUGGACAGUGAAUCGCUCGGCAUACGAUCUGUACGAGAUGCCGUGCAAGAUGCCUUGGCCCAGAGCGGACUGCUCGAGGGCAAAACGGAAGCCGAGAGCACAAAGCACAUUGAGGGCCUGGUAUCUGCUUUGACAGCGCACUCCCAGGAGAGCAAAGAGCUGGAAAGCGCCUCGGAAGAGGAGCCGGCUGAUGCUCAACACGGUGAUGAGACCCCUCUGAAGGAUCUGAUCUUGCGCGUGACCGAAGGCAUUGACGAGAAUGCCACGAAUCUCAACGAAUUUCAGCGCAUGUUUGCCAGCCUGUCUGAAAAGCCCACUGCAGGAGAAGAUGCCGACCCCGAGACUGAAGCCGACGCCAACGCUGAAGCCGCAGCCACGGACGCGAGCCCAGAGACCUCGCCAGACCAAUCCCCGCCACGCGAGCUCCUCGGCAUGUACAUUACCAUCCGCAACAAGGUCGACGGCAAAUUCGUGGCGCGGCCGGAGCGCCUCAACACGGGCAGCAAAUGGGAAGUGCAGUAUGCUGUCAAGGAGAUCAGCGACGAGCGCGCCGAGCGGCUCUACAAGCAGAUCAAGGCGCGGCGGCGCAAGAUCCUCGACAUCAACGCCGAGAUGCGCGCGCAGUCGUGGCACCGCAUGUUUGCAGGCAGCCUGCCCACGCUCAGCAAGCGCGGCGCGUCGUACCGCGCGGAGCGCACCAAGGAGGAGGAGGCUGCGGGCAUCCGCGUGGCCUGGGAGCGUGGCCCCGGCUCGUCUUCGUAG